AUGAGCCCUAUACUGCCAGACGAUGAGGUCAAUCACUUCAAGGCCAUACCAUGGUGCGCCAAACAUCUCGAUAGGCCCGGCCUUGUCAUUACACCCGCGUUCAGCAGGGUGCCCGGACCCCGCUUUCACGACGCGCUGUUAUCCGAGACGCUGAAGACGGAAGACACGAUAAAGGCCUUCACCUGCUUUUAUCCGCGGCCCAAGAGCGAGCGUGAACUCCUCCCAUGGCUGGGGGCGUUCGUGACGCUCGGAAGCAUGGUCAGCGGGUAUCCUGGGGUCUCUCACGGCGGAGUCAUCGCCACCCUCCUCGACGAGACGCUGGGUCUCCUUGCGCCUGGAAGUCGAUGGCGGGCGUACAAAGAAGGUGUGCCGGCUGUCGUGACGGCAUAUCUGAACACCAACUUCCUUGGAAAAGUCAAAAUCCCAGGAACCUAUCUGAUCAUGGUCCGUUUGAAGAAGGCAGAUGGGAGGAAAUUGUUUGUGGACGGGGUCAUGGAGGAUGAGGAAGGCGAGCAGCUGGCUAGAGCCGAGGCACUCUUUGUGGAACUUCGAGAGAAGCUAUAG